UCGUUGGACGCAACAGAACGAGCAAUGAAGUGCUACCAUUCGUUGAGACUUAUUUUGGCCUGCCAAUUGGGAAGUGUGCACAGCUAAAAAUAAAUCUGUAUUAAUUAGUACAACCGGCGGAUUAAAAUAGGCGCUAUUUUAGUGUUUGAUAAGUGUGAUUACCAUUAAAAAUAGAUCGGCAAAUCCAGUUUUAUUGUCAUGUCCCGCUAGGCAGCGUGUCUGCGUGUGUUUUUAUAAGCAUUACCAAGCUCAUCAUAAGGCAUAUGUAGACAGUCCGAAUCAAGCUCUGUGUAACUUGUUUCCAUUCAAGCAUCACUAAUAUUAAGCAAGUGCGAUUGAGACAAACGUACGGAAUGUGUUCGUGUGCAGAUUAAACAUUCAAAACAUAUGUCAGAGUGGCUUAGCCAAUUUCUUCUGUUGCUUUUAGUAUUGUUUUUGCCUAUUUCUUACGUGAGUCUAUUUACAUUUCCCCAAAUAGAUGGAAGGAAUAUUUUGAGCAAACUACGUUGUCAUAAAGACUUGCCUCGUAGAUUCCUCUCUACAAAAUUUAUUAUGAUCGAAACGGUUACACCGUUUGAUUGCGGCAAUGUUUGUUCAGUGGAAGUGAUAAGUUGGAAUUCGAGAGAUAAAACUUUUUUUUCCGGGUGUGAAUGGAAUACAUAUUUGCUGAUAAAAAAAUACAAGGCGGUGUGAUUUAAGCCAUUUAAGUUCAAGAACAGAGCGAAGUCGUGAAGAUUUACAAAAGGAUUAUUCCACAACAAGAUGCAAUUGGGAAGUGCCUUAUCUCUCGGCGCCUAUCUGUAGAAACUAUAGUCGUCGCCAUGAAAGUGUAUUACUGCGUGUAAUGCACCAGCCCAGGGUGCAUCCAUUGACUGUAGAGGAGUCUGGAAUGCACGAGAGAGAACUGUAGUUUAUAGUUGUUUGUAGUGAAGAGUGUAAAUAUCAUAGCAGCGCUCAAAUAAGAACAAAUUUAGAUUAGACAACAAUAAGGAUGGUGUUCCACCUGAUGUUGGUCGUUCUAACGGUCACUUCAACAGUGGUGCAAUGCCGGAUAGUGGCCGAACAUCCUGGAUUAAACUCGCUAACAACUGAAUCCAUUAUGACGACCCCGUCAGUUGCCACCCCUUCCGCAGAAACAGCUACAUCUGCUGUUCCGGAACCGAUCAGCAGCAGUACGUCCACCACCGUGUCAAGUACGACUACUUCCACUACACCCGAGCCAACAACGACCCCGUCUACGUCUACGUCCACAACGACCACGGAAGCGACGACCUCCACCACAACAACCACCACCACCACCACUUCGACGACGACCGUCCCUACCACCACAACGACGCUGAUUCCGCCCACCAACGAGCUCGGCUGUUACAAUGCCGCCCCGGAACUGUGCCACAAUCGCAGCAACGAGUGCGAGUGCAGUCCCGAUCCGCUCAUCCCGGGAGCCAUGUACUGCUGCAACGUGACGGACAUCAACAAAGCAAUCGCGUGCGCCUCCAAUGGUGGAUCCGAAGGAAGCUCGUGGCGCUACAUUCACAUGCGGAACGUCACCGUCCGGGAGCUGGUGCUGAACGUGUCCAACCGGUACAUCAAAACGCUCCUGUCCGUUUCGUUUACCGAUGGCUCGAUCCGGAAGAUUAGCACUUCGUUCACGCGCUUCUCGUCGCCAGUUUGCUUCAACAUUUCCAACAACAACAUCAGCGAAAUCGAACCGAGGGCGCUGAAGGAGCUUCGCAAUCUGAAAUCGUUGGACAUUUCCCAUAACAAUCUGUCGACGAUUCCGUCCAUGGGGGCCAACUUGACGCUGGAUAUUAGAGGCAACAGCGGAAUGUUGUGCAAAUCCGUACUGGAAUCGCUCAAGGAGGGCAUCAAGUUUGUCGACGAAACCUCCACAUUCUGCCUUACGAACCGAACCUUCAACUGGUUCGAUUCGACGGACUUCAUUCCUCUGCCUCAGCUUCUCCUGAGCCAACGUAUUCAGAAUGACUGUCCCACGAAUUGCACCUGCGCGCUGGAGCGCCUCAACUUUGAUCUGAACAACACCGAUCGCAAAACGUUUACCGCCCAAGUGGACUGCUCCGCGUUGGGAUUGAUGGACUUUCCGGAGCAUCUUCCCCCGGAUACGGUCACGCUGAACGUGUCUAAUAACAAUAUAACCAGUUUGAAGGCAUUGAUCGGAAAAUCCUACAGCACUCUGCAACGUUUGUAUGCGGACAACAACCAGAUCGCCUCGCUAAGCGACCUGGAAGGAACGGACUUCAUAUCCCGGUUCACCGUUUUUUCGAUUCGAUGGAACAAACUAAAAACCAUCCAAACCUACCAGUUCCGAUCCAGUCUGGAUCUCGGAUCGUACAUGUUCCUCGAGGGAAACCCUAUGAUAUGUGACUGUACCGCGGCGAAAAACCUAAAAAAUUGGCUCCUCAGUAAGAAGGCCCAGGUGUUUGAUCACGACCAGAUCUACUGCGAAGGAAACACGCACCUGACCAAGGUCGUGCAGAUCCAGGAGAGCAAACUGUGCCAGUCGCAGCACGACUGGACCGACUACAUCUACUAUCUGAUUGCGACGGAAAUCAUUCUGCUGAUCGCACUGAUCGGCAAAGUGUCGUACGACUACUGGGUGUUCAAGACGGCCGGUUACCUUCCGUGGCCGGCGAACAAAAUGCCCAAGCUGCCGUGCGACUGUCUGUGCGAGUGAGUUCGCGACCGUAUGGAAGUGCCUCUCUAUCUCUCUGAUUAGGUAAAUCUCAAAGUGCCUUGUACCGUCUGUGAUUGAACUUUUGAAGCGUAUUGAUCGAUAACAAGAUUUCGAAGAAUCUUCAGUAAACUAACUGAUUAGUGUAGCCAAA